AUGGCAACUUCACUUCUAGGGGAGGAGCCGAGGUUAGGGUCCACUCCUUUAGCCAUGUUGGCUGCAACGUGCAACAAAAUCGGUAGUCCGAGCCCCUCGCCCUCCUCCAUUUCGGAUAACUCCUCGUUUGGGAAAGGUUUCCAUCCAUGGAAAAGAGCUCCAGCCAGCAGCUGUAGCCUGGGCUCCGGACUCUCCACUUUCGGUGUCACCAGAAACGGGACUGGGCUAGCUGAUUCCUUUGGCACGAACAGCUCCUCCGGAUCCAGUGCCUUUUCUUUGACGUCCGGUACCUCAUCCAACUCCCACUUUGGAAACGAUUAUUCUGUUUUUCAAGCUUCAGUCUCCAACAGUUCUCAGGAGCCAAGCCACCAGCCUGUAUUUAUUUCAAAGGUUCACACUUCCGUGGACAGCUUGCAAAGCAUUUAUCCGAGAAUGAGUGUGGCGCAUCCGUACGAGUCGUGGUUCAAGUCCUCGCACCCGGGCCUACCCGCAGGGGAAGUGAGCACCACGGGGACUUCGGCGUGGUGGGACGUUGGAGCGGGCUGGAUUGACGUUCAGAAUCCGAAUGGGGCAGCGCUGCAGACAUCUCUUCACUCUGGAGGACUACAGAGUUCGUUGCACUCUCCCCUGGGAGGAUACAACUCAGAGUACUCUGGUUUAAGUCACUCAGCUUUCAGUGCGAGUGCCUCCCCGCACCUCUUAUCAACCGGACAGCAUUUGAUGGACGGAUUUAAACCAGUGCUUUCUUCUUAUCCAGACUCAAGUCCAUCUCCCUUAGGUGGAGCGGGAGGUACCAUGUUGACAGGGGGUCCGACAGCCUCAUUAGCGGCAUCUCCGCGGUCGUCGGCGCGUCGUUACUCGGGGAGGGCAACCUGUGACUGCCCUAACUGUCAAGAGGCAGAACGCCUGGGACCGGCAGGGGCGAGCCUCCGGCGCAAAGGACUUCACAGCUGUCAUAUACCCGGUUGCGGAAAGGUGUACGGUAAAACGUCGCACCUCAAAGCGCAUUUGAGGUGGCACACGGGAGAAAGACCGUUUGUGUGCAAUUGGCUGUUUUGCGGGAAGAGAUUCACGCGCUCCGACGAGCUUCAGCGACACUUGCGCACCCACACCGGGGAGAAGCGCUUCGCCUGUCCAGUGUGCAACAAGAGGUUUAUGCGUAGUGAUCAUCUCAGCAAACACGUGAAAACACACAGUGCCGGCGGGUCUGCCGGGUCCGGUUCCGGGGGCAGCGGGGGGAAACGAGGGAGCGACACGGACAGCGAACACAGUACGCCGGGCAGUCCGCCAUGCCAGUCCCCUGAUCUGUUGCACCCUCCAGAACCUACCCCAACGUCGGUCUUGAACGGCCUCACUAACUCUCUCGAUUAA